AUGGUCGUGGAGGUUCAUAGAAGCCACGUCCGGAAGGUUCUUACACUCAUGCGAGAGCACAAGUUGUUCGCGAACUUUAAGAAAUGUAUAUUCGCAGCGAACGAAUUACCACUUCUUGGCUGCAUCGUGGAUAAAAACGGUGUACGCCCUGAUCUGGAAAAGAUCAAGGCGAUUAGCGACUGGCCUGUGCCAGUCGACGUCAAGGGACUUCAAAAGUUCCUUGGCUUAGCGGCGUACUUGCACAAGUACUCGCGCUACUUCGUCGAGAUGACCGUUCAUCGCUCUCGUUAG